GCUGGAAGCCGCGGCUCAAUCAGUCACAUGACACAACCGGAGGCAGAGACCUAGAGAAACAGCCACAGCGUCUCAGCCUCGCUCCGCCAUUCUCUCUUUUGAGCCAUAUCACAUUUUUAUCGCCACAUUUUACUCCCCGCUCGGUGAGUACAUUUCCAAUGGCUUUUUUUUUGUAAGCAUUUUUUUGUCUUUUUAAUUGCCCUCCCCGUUUUUUUUUAUUUUUCCUCCUUUUGCUGGUGUUUGAAUUGAGCAGUGACAUGGUGGUUUUCAGCGUUUUUGAUUCUCAAGUUUUUAGCAUGUUAUUCUGAUCCGGUGCCAGGAGGGUGCACGGGGGCUUGAUCGGUCUUCACGAGGCUUUUACUUGCUUGCAGUUUUGUUUCGAGGGUCGAAACCAAGCAGGUUUUGUCAGUGUUGAGAUUUUUCAACAUUUAUUGUUGGGUUUUGAAACAUUUUUAUUUUUUCUUUGAUUUUUUUCUUUAUAUAUCUAUAUUUUUUUUGUUUCUGUCGACUUUUGCUGUUGCUAUGCUUUGGUUUGCAUUUUGCAGUGUUGUUCGUUGCCUUCCAGUUUUGUGAUUUUGUGAGAUUUUGAUGUGUCGGUGCAUCUCACCGAUCAAACCCUUGAUUUUACUUUUCUCUGUGGGUCCUUUUUAAAAAACGUUUUAACCUGAUACUUUUCUUGCAGCCGAGCUCACAGGUUUGUUUUUGUGCUUUCUCUUUAUUUUUUUUCUCCUUAUACUUUUGCUGGUGGCAGUGUCAAGUAUUUUUGGAUGUGGUCGUUUUUUUUAUGACUAGAUGAUGCUGGGUGGACGAGGGGAGUUUUGAUUCUUGGGGGAGUUCAAUGCGUUUUUGUUUUUAUGUGUCCACGAGGAUGAACAGACAUUUUCCCUUUUGCAGGAGGGCAACUGGAGGAGAAUGACUGGUAAAACCCAGACGAGCAACGUGACCAACAAGAAUGACCCGCGCUCCCUCAACUCCAGAGUCUUUAUUGGCAACCUCAACACAGCCAUUGUCAAGAAGACCGACAUAGAGGUCAUCUUCGCCAAGUACGGCAAGAUAGUGGGUUGUUCCGUACACAAGGGUUACGCCUUUGUGCAGUACGUGAAUGAGAGGAACGCUCGGCAAGCUGUGGCAGGAGAAAAUACCCGUGUCAUCGCUGGGCAGCCUCUUGACAUAAACAUGGCAGGCGAGCCCAAGCCCUACAGGCCCAAGCCCGGCAACAAGCGGCCGCUCUCCGCCGUUUACAGUGGCUAUGAGUUUGACUACGAGUACUACAGGGAUGAUUUCUACAACAGGCUUUUCGACUACCAUGGCAGAGUGGCCCCCCCACCCAGAGCCGUGAUCCCCCUCAAACGCUCCAGGGUGAUCGCUCCAUCCUCCCGCCGCGGGAAGACCUCCUUCCCCAUCAAAACAUCCUCCUCCUCCUCCUCUUCAUCCUCCAGACCUCCCACAUCCUCCUCCUCCUCCGGGCUCAAACCAGUGAAGACGGACCAGCUUCAGACCAUCAAACGGGAGCUGACUCAGAUUAAGAUGAAGAUCGACUCUUUACUCGGACGUCUGGAGAAGAUUGAGAAGCAGCAGCGAGCCGAGUCUGAGUCUCAGAGAAAGUACGAGGACAACUGCGACUCCCUGCACGAGGAGUCGGUGUCGGAGACGGCGGAGAACUCCGGGGAGGAGGCCGGGGACGGGGAGCUGGACGUGGAGGCGGGAGAGAUGACCGAUGGAGGUGAGGACGACUACGACGAGGAGGGCAGCCACCAUCUGAUAGAAAACCACGUAUCGGAUAUUGACAACUGAGAUCAGGGUGAGGACGCAGACGCGAUAUUAGAAUUUCAUCAUCACCUUCUAAGAGACUGGGAAAGGAUCUCUGAAGGAAUCAAGACACCCAUUCUGGACUGUGAGUUGUGUGUUCAAGAGAAGCCGAGUCACAUUUAAGAUGCCACGACUGUGCGGCACAAACCGAGUGUGAUUUGCUCUCUGUAGAAAAUGUAUUCAAGAUCCAUUUUAAUGCGUCGGCCCGAGUUGACCCUCCUGGAUAUUCUGUGCAACUCCUAUUUCAUUGCAAGAGGCUGCAAAUAUGAUGCGAUAAUCAUGUUCCUGAAAAAAAAAAUAAAACAACUGAAGGAAAUAAAAGGGACUUUACUUAUUGACUUGUGUUGCAAGAAGGAGACGUUGACGUUGUUGCUUUUCUUAAAUGUGUUUGCGCUGUAAUUUUACUUUUUUUCAAGGAUUUUCUGUUAUAGCUCAAAAAUCGAAUGAAUAAAUAACAAAGAAGAACAACGUGCGGCAGCGGUGUGAUAUUCAGACAAAUGAAAGAAGCGUCGCUGCCGCCUGGUUUCGGAUUUUAACUCGCACAUGAGCCAAUAGUUGUGAGCAUGACUUUUCCUGCGUUAUCCAUUUAUCACACAAAUUUGCUCCAUCAUAUAUUCCAACUCCUGCCAGGUUUUCAAAAGCAGACAGGGCCUCCUGUGGUAGAACGCCAGCCCUGGCACAGGCCUCCUGCCACGGAGCAUCGCCCUGCUCAGCCUGCGCAACCCAACAUGGAUUUCUGCCAUUCACGAGCCAACGCCCUCCCUCCUCAUCCUCCUCAUCCUCCUCAUCCUCCUCAUCCCUCUGUAUCCGGUAUCGAUUCUGUCUUAUGUAGGUGAGGGAGCGAGGUAAGGUUUUAAAAAAUGGUGGAAGAUGUAAUGCUUUGACCUUGUUUACUGUAAAUAUGCGUUCAUGAUUCCAAUCGCUUCAAAAAGCUGAUUAAUUUGCGUUGAAAUGAGACGAUACAAAACACAAGAUGUCCGUGAAAGUCAAUAUUAUGGUUGAGUGCAAACCGUGAGCAGAUGUAGCUGAACUGGCCACUGGCACCGGAGGAUUUACUGUUUACCAACAUCAAUGGUACGAUUCCUGCCAGCUCAUAUUUGGCAGAAGCGUCCGCUGCCACGUGCAGCUGCUAACAUAUACAAAUUUCAGCGGCUUGAGCUUCAGCUGAGCAAUUACAAUUAACAUGAUUAUAAAUAAAUAGCUGCAAAUUGAAUUAUGUCACCGGUGAUUGGGCGCCAGCGUGUUUUACUGUUAAUUAUUCACUUCAUGUUUGCUCCAUUUCCCCCCCCCCCACACACACUAAGAUGUGGCCGUUAGCAGGUCGUCGGUUCGACAUAAACCAGGUGUCUCCUCUGCUGAUGAUGUUUUACUGUACGUGAGCCAACUUCAUGUUAACAACUUCAUUAAUGUGAAAGCUUUCCGGACGCUGUUAAACCUGUUGCACUUGAGGUCUGAAGGAUUUAAAAGAACUAAAGUUAUUCACUCAGAUGCAGUUUAAACCUUGUGUUCUGUUCUUUAUUGGACUUCAACAUUUGCAUUUUUAAUACACUUAAAUAACUUAAGAUUUCAUGUUUUAUUUGUUAUGUAUUUUCUGGGCAUUGAGACGAGCUUACACAUGUGAAUUCCCAAUUAAUAUUAUCGAUGCUGAUGUGAAUUAGAGGAUUAGUCGGAAAAGGCUAUAAAUGAUAAAACAAAUAUUGUAUAUUGCUCCAGGUCCAAACUUCCUUGUUCCCUUGUCACCUGUGUGGGGUGUAAACCUACAGUCACUCACGCCCAACUUUAGCUCCAUUAUUCUGCAAGUUAACAUUUAGCUAAUUCCACUCUGAACAAUGGCUAAGCUAGUGAAAUGCAAAGUGACACACUCCCCCAAUUAGAUGGAUUUCUAUUCAAAUAUAGUUUAAGAAACUCAGCUAAAGAAAAUGAAUAUUUGUGUACAUUUCUAUUCACCACUGUUAUGGGAAGAUAAACAGCUGGUGGCGCUAACAUUCCUCCCGUCCUAUUUCUUACUGGUUCUGUCCUGACCCACCACAUCCUCCCACCAAGUUGGUUCAUGGGAAUCUGUUUAGUAACCUCAUAGAUUCUAUGGAGCAAUAAGACACCUGAUGUAUACGAGCCGCACCCCCCUCCUCCUCCUGAGCGAGCUCCUAAAGGAAAGUGGAGUAAUUUCACGAUAGCAGAAAGAAAACAUUUCCCUCCCGACACCGAGUGCCCUCUAGUCAAGCAGAGAGUGGUGGAUUUACCUCCGCAGGUUUUUAAGCGUCUGCCCCUGAGACUUAUGACCACGACGCUGCAGCCAAGGUAAAAGAAAUCUCUCGUGUUGUGUUUGAAAACUGGCAUUUGACACAUUUAACGGCUUCUUUUCAAGACGGUUCAUCGGGACAAUCCGCACAUUUCCUCUGUGGACAUUUUUCACAGUAGUAUUUAACCUUGAGUCGUAGAAAAUGGCUCCCCUGAAAACUAUUAUGGUGGUUUUGUGGUAAUGCCUUUUUAAGAGCUUUUAACACCUGAAAGAAAACCUCAUUCACUCCAUUGUGUCUCCUAUUAUUUGCACAAAAGCUGCGAAAAUAAAAACCACAUCACCGGGUAAUGAAAAGAAAAUGUUUGAAAUCCUUAGAUUCUCCAGGAAAAGUCACGUCGCACAGUUUCAUGGACUCACCAGUCAACACACACGGCUGCGCUGCCCUAAAAAAUCCAUUCGAUAAAAUAAAAAUAACACCUCUUUCACAAUAAGUGUCUGGUGGAUGAUGAUUCAUAUUCAGCACUAUUUUUGUACCCGGAAACACGACGAAGGGGAAAUGGCUCUGCUUCAUGUUUAUGUUUAUUUGCUGGUAGUUAUUUAAUGAACCGUGCAGUGAUGUGUCAAACACUUUUGCAAAAAUAUGUAUUAAAAAAAAAAACAACCAUCAUCAUUGCUUUUAAUUGUUGUAAUUUCUCUGGGUCACAUUUUGUUCUCCGUGUAAAUAAUCCUUAUGUUGAUUCCAAACACCAAUAGACUAAAAAGAGAGGUUUUAAAAAUAAAGCUGAAAUGAUAUACUGACAGUUUGUUGGAAUUCUUGUGGGUUUGAAGCGAAUUCGUGGGACUUGACAUGUAACUGACAACUGUUGUAUAGAAAAUGUACAUUUUUUUGUAAAGAUAUUUUUAUCAAGAGGCAUGUUUACCGUAACUUUGUAUUUUCAGUUCAUGUAUAAAAAAAGAUAAAAUAUACGGUAUAUUCCCAAACUGUUGUGAGGCUAGAAAAGUCAUCGUCGUAGAAACUAUUUGUGUUCUUAUGAGUCACUGAAAUGUUUGUGUCAUAUGUUUCAACACUUUAUUUUACAAAUAAACAUGAACUGAAGGACGAAGGAA